CAAGCAGCAUGAGCAGCAUCAGGGUACUCGCAGGUCUGCUGGCGCUUGCCGCCCUAGUGGCCGCCGAUCCCUCAGGAUUUGGUGGUCUCGGCUUCAAGAAGGGCUACCAGGACGGAUACGAAGAGCAAUUUGGAAAUGCCAACAAGUACCAGGGCGGUGCUGGUGGCGAGUUUGACAAGGCGUUCUUUGAAAAGGGUGGUCAGCAGGCGGAAAAAGGCUACAAAGGACUGAGCGGAUACGACCGCAACGUUGGCGCCAAACUGGACAGCAAACAGGAGCAGGGCUUUUACGGAGACACAAACGGCGCCAGCAAGAAGUACGACGAAGGACGACAGUACGGCGGCGGCUCCAACUACAAGGCCGGCGGCCAGCAGGCGGCCGGACUUAACAACAAGGGCAGCCACAAGAAGGGCUUCAAAAAGGAGGGCUUUGAGAACUCGCACCACAAGGAGGAGAGCGGCAAGAGCACCACUUUCUACGACGAGUCGCACGACGGCGGCGAGCACUUCUCCAACAAGGGCCACGAGGAGUUCUUUGGCAACCAGAAGGGUGAGAAACUCGGAGGCGGAUACCAAAACUCUGGACUGCAGGGCUCCAAGGUCGGCAAGGAGGGUCACUACAACAACGGGCACAACUUCGAAGACCAGAAGGGCCACAAGGGACAGCUCGGACAGGAAGGUUACUCUGGCAGCCAAGUUGGCUUUGGUAACACUGGAGGUUACAACAAGGACAACAAAUUUGGCACUCAAGCUGGAUUUGGAGGCCAGUCCAAGCACGGCGUUGGCUACACCGCAGGGAACACCGUCGGAGGAGGCUAUGGAGGCGCUGGACCUGGCUACGGAGCUGCAGGCCUGGGCUAUGGAGGAGCAGGACUAGGAUAUGCCGGAGGCGCCGGUCUUGGUUACGGAGGGGCCGGUUUGGGCUACCAAAACGUGGGAGGUGCUAACUUGGGCUACGGAGGAAUCGGUGGUGCCGCUGGAGGUUUGGGUUACGGAGGAAUUGGCGGCGCUGCCGGAGGCCUGGGUUAUGGUGCUGCUGGAAUCGGGGGCAUCGGAGGUGCCGCCGGAGGAUUGAGCCUCAGAGGAGGCGCUGGACUCGGCUAUGGGGGUGGUUUAGGAGUUGGCCGGGCUGGGGGUCUCGGGGGUAACUACGGACUGGGAUUGGGCAUUGGUAGAUUCGGGGGCGGCGUGGGUUCAGGCGCCGGUUACGGGGGCGGACUGGGAUUUGGAGCAGGUAAAUUGGGAGGACUGGGUUACGGGGGCGGCCAGUUGACAGGCGCUGGAUAUGGAGUGAGCAGUUAUGGCAAAUAAUCUGUCAAUCGCCUAUUCAAACUCAAGCACUGCUGCACUUGCAAAGGAGUGACGUUAGAGACUGUUGGGUAUUUUGAUUGAUGGGUUGAGGGAUGGUUGAAGAUUAAUUUUUUACUGCACAAAACGGCACCAAUCAAAGUUGCUAGAAGCGCGAGCUGUGUUCGCUAAGGCGCCUUUUGUACCAUUUUUGUACAUUCUGCUGCAAAUAAAUUUGAUUUUUAAAA